GCGCACGCUGAGGUGCCGCCCCCAGCUCCCUUCUCUCCGCGCAUUCGCUCCAGCUAUUGUGACGUCACUGCGUUCUAAAAAAGAACCGAGAAAACAAUCUGCAUUGAGAGAAAUAGAUAACAGUCCGGGUCCUAUUUAAAGGGGAAGCUCUGGGCACCCCGGAGUCAGAUCCAGCUUUAUAAACAAAGGCGAAGGAAGGAUUGCGGGAGAAGCCUCCUCAGCAAAUAUGGUGUCGCCGGUGACAGUGGUGAAGAGUGAAGGCCCGAAACUCGUCCCCUUCUUCAAAGCCACUUGCGUCUAUUUCGUCCUCUGGCUGCCCACCUCCAGCCCCUCCUGGUUCAGUGCCCUCAUCAAGUGUUUGCCCAUCUUCUGCUUAUGGGUUUUCCUGCUGGCGCACGGGAUCAAUUUCCUGACGGCCCAUCGCAGCGCCUGCAGAAUCCUUGCCGGUUUGAUAUUCUCAUCUAUAGGAGAUGCUUUCCUCAUCUGGCAAGAGCAAGGCUACUUCGUUCACGGCUUGCUGAUGUUUGCCAUCACGCACAUCUUGUAUUCCUCCGCAUUUGGGAUGAAGCCUCUGGAUCUGAAAGCUGGCCUGGUGAUGACUUUGGUGUCCAGUUUCUCCUAUACUUUCCUGUACUCCUACCUCUCGGGCCCCUUCACCUACCUAGUAGCCGUCUACACUGCCUUGAUUGGCUUCAUGGGCUGGCGGGCCAUGGCCGGCGUGCAGCUGUGCAACGACCUGUGGACUUGGACCAAGCUCUCGGCUUGCAUUGGCUCAGUGCUCUUCAUGGUGUCCGACUUGACCAUCGCCGUCAACAAGUUCUGCUUCCCUGUGCCCUACUCACGGGUCAUCAUCAUGGCCACGUACUAUGCAGCUCAGAUGCUCAUUGCACUUUCUGCAGUGGAAAGCAGGGAGGAAGACAUCUUCAGGAAGAGGAAGUAGACGGGGGUGCCUGCAGGCGCUCAAACUCUGCUGGGAGUGCUCUAACUGCAAUUCAUCCCGGAGGAGAGUUUUGACUCUAGGUGAACCGGUGAUUGCAGAUCUUGCUUCAUCGAAGCAUUAUCUUUAGUGUUUAGCUGGCUCUUCUCCAGUCCAGUUUGCCGGAGCCUAGAAGCCACACUGGAAGUUUAGUUCACACAGAACCAACUAUCUGACUUUUUCCUCUCUCUCUCUCUCUCUCUCUCUUUCUUUUGCAUCUUGGAAGUUUCAUGGGAGGGAGGGCCUCUCUAACUACUUCAUUGUGUUUGUAUAAUACUGGAGCUGAGGCUGAACAUUCCAGAAGGAGAAGACUCAUUUCAGGACGACGUUUCAAAAGAAGGAAAGGGUAGGCAGUGCAUUGGCGUUUAAGAGCCUUGCCUUCAACACUCUGAAUGUGCAAAAGUCAUGUGAAAAUGACCCUUGGUGCUGCCUGACCAAGCCCCGUUUUGCGUGCAUUACAGUACAACUGUGAAACAAUUGUGUGUCUACACAAGGAACCCCCAGGGCCCAGACGCUACAACAGGACACGGGAGCACUUUGUGGGAGUUUAUGUCGGUCGUAAAGCUUGGGCUGCCCCUGGGAGAAACCAGUCUGAAGUCCAGAUUCGUUACAACCAUUUUAUUUAUGGGCCAUUCAAAGCCUUUCUUCUGAAUGUGAAUCCUGCAGAGCCCAUGUUGUUCUGCAGGCUCAAAAGCAACAACAAAAUGCAACAAUUUUCUC